AUGUGGUGGUCAUGGGGGCCCGUGACUGUCGUGUCGCUGCUGGAGGCGGGAGGAGGGUGGCCGCUGCGGAGCUCGGGCCUCGCCGGCAGCAAGCGUGGGAAUGGGGGGGAAACAGGCGUUUCUCCGCGCGGCGCUGACGGACACGUGCCGCUGUCCGCUCGCUGGGCCGGACGGACCGGUCCUGCAUCUCACGGACUAGUGAAGGAUGCGGUGCUUGGGAGCCUUCACUCGGCCACCGCCCAGCCCUCCCCACCACCGCUGACCAGCCAUUACUGCCUGUCAAACGCAGUGCUGGGGCCAGGCUUCGGAGCAGCGGCGACGCGGCCACUCGUGGGCAGUCUCAGGUUCCCUCCGUGUGACACAGCUGGAACCAGGCUGCUGAGGCUGGGCCCUGCCUGCGUGCCCCGUGGCCUUAGUGUGAAGACGGGAAGACUUCAAGCUCAAAUCUGUGUCACUCAGUUCCAUCAGCCUCCUUUUAAAACUCAAAGAUUCACAAGGCUAGAGAAAACCCAAGACUCCUACAGUGCCAGCUGUGGAAGGCUGCACCGGACCCCAAAAUCCCCUCGCUCUCACCUCUGCAGCAGGCCAGCUCUGAUCAGCUUGUCCUUCGGAGGCGCGGUCGGGCUGAUGUUCCUGACACUUGGGUGUGCCCUGCCGGUAUACAACCAGUACUGGCCGCUCUUCGUGCUCUUCUUCUACGUGCUCUCGCCCAUCCCGCACUGCGUGGCCCGGAGGCUGGUGGACGACAGCGAUACCAUGAGCAACGCCUGCAAGGAGCUGGCCGUGUUCCUCACCACAGGCAUCGUGGUGUCGGCCUUUGGACUCCCCGUCGUGUUCGCCAGGGCACAGCUGAUCCAGUGGGGAGCGUGUGCGCUUGUGCUCACGGGGAACACGGUCAUCUUCGCGACAAUACUAGGCUUCUUCUUGGUCUUCGGGAGCAACGACGACUUCAGCUGGCAGCAGUGGUGAGCGGUGGUGGGCCGCCGCCGAGGACUUCAUGCGGCGCCCGGGCAGCAGUGCAGGCGCAGCCUGGCCGCCCGGGGUCACGGGCUCCCGUCCUGCCGUGCGUCCCAUCCUCACAGAGACCCACGGAGGGACGGAAAGGACUGCUCUGGAGAAGCCUGGCUGGCCCCCACUUACCCGCGGCGCCCCUGUGACGUCCUGCUGUGCUGGAAUGUUUAUGGGUUUCCUGUUCAGUUUUUGAAAUCACUAUGCAAUGUUAAACAUGUUUUAAAUGUAAUAACGUUUGCAUUAGGUAGGAAUUCUGAAUUCUUCUGGCGUAUUGCUAGGCUAAAGUACAGAUUUUUUUGUUUAUAUUAUUGAACCUUCAUUAUUACAGAGUUACAAAGACCUGUUUCUAGUCUGCCAGGAUGGCGUGUCACGAUGUUACGCAGAUGUGCAGACCGCUGGCACACCUGUGGACCACACCCAGGUGCGUCCCGACUGCAUUCAGACCUCCCCAGGAUGGGUGCCCUCCGGCAGGGCUGCUGGUGUGGGCAAACGAGAAUUAUUUUAUGAAAUUGCCACAAAGCAGUGCUUUUCUCCCCGGUUCCUAGAAGGGUUUGUGUGAAACGUUGAGGUAGAGAUGUGAACAGAGUUUGGGGAUGCAGUUCGUAGACGUUCAUCACAACAGUAAAGCAGUCACAGUGUGUGAAGAAUCAACGCUGAAAUUCUGCCUCUUAAAUCUUGUUUCAAUUUACGAGUGAAGUUUGUGGUUUCUGUCAGCCUUUCCUGUUUUGCCUUGGCUGGAAGGGACACGGCUUCCACUUCCCCGGGCCGGCGUGGGGGUGCCUGGUCUGCCUCCACCCUUCCUGGGCCGUGCCGUACCUGUAUGCGGUAAGGAGAGCGGCUGGCCAGGCACCCUGGGACCUGCCACCAGCCUGUGCCACGCCCCCUGCUGCCCUCUCCCCGCCAGGCCCUCUGUGACUGCCAGGCAACUCAGUCCCUCGCGGGUGGCUCAUGCAUCACCACGCAUGGUGGCUUGCGGUUCCGGCCGCAGUUCCUGGAGGGUGCAUCCUGUGUGGUCAGAAUAUGCAGCGCCCGGCUCCGGCGCUCUGGCUGGUGGGUUCAGACGGAUCACCCUUGCCAGGCCUGCAUCUCCUCCUAGGUGUUCCCGGUGAACAGCGCAGAGCAGCCGGCCCCUGCACUGGCAUGGCCAUCGUGGCCGUGCACACCCACAGCUGCUGGGACUGUCUCCCGGACUGUUCGUGAAGAGAUUCGAGUUGGUCCAACCAUGUUUGCUAAGAAUAUCUGUCUGUGUUUAUUCAGUAUGUUACAUAAACAUUGUUCUGCCUUCAGCCCAGACUGAGUGAUCACAACAGCUACCUUCAUUCUUCCAGAAAGUCUAUUUCUCAAGAAAAUGGGAACAAGUUCUGGGUUCAGCUUUUUCUACAGAUGCCUCAGACCACAGGUUCCUCCUCCGCGUGUUAAACGUGGCUGUGAGGGCGGCUCUGACCCCAGGCUGGAUGCAAGUGCAGCCUUUCUGUGGACUGGCACUGAUGCAGCAUUGCGUUCUAUGGAAAGGAAGCUUUUGAGGAUGAAACAAUAAAGAUUUUAAGUCCCUA